GGUUUGCUUAAUUGUAUGAUUACCUCCUUAUCCUUCGGCCACUCUCUUUUUAACCCGCUUCCUUUCCUUUACGAAUCUUCGACCAUUAUUCUCGCUGCUUUCAUCUGUCACAAAUUUUUCGUCUUAUUAUUCGAUUUGUUAGGCUCGAAUGGCGACGAAGAAGAGUGUAUCUACAUUGAAGGAAGCUGAUUUGAAAGGAAAAAGAGUAUUUGUCAGAGUAGAUCUUAAUGUUCCUCUUGAUGAUGAUUUAAAUAUCACUGAUGAUACCAGGAUUCGUGCUGCUGUUCCCACCAUUAGUUACUUGACUGGUUAUGGAGCUAAAGUCAUUCUCUGCAGUCAUCUGGGACGUCCCAAAGGUGUCACACCUAAGUACAGCUUGAAGCCUCUUAUUCCAAGGCUUUCUGAGCUUCUUGGAAUCGAGGUUAAAAUGGCAAAUGAUUCCAUUGGUGAAGAAGUUGAGAAAUUGGUAGCUGAGUUGCCUGAAGGAGGUGUUCUGCUCCUUCAGAAUGUGAGGUUCUAUAAAGAAGAGGAGAAGAAUGAUCCUGAAUUUGCUAAGAAAUUGGCUGCUCUAGCUGAUGUUUAUGUGAAUGAUGCAUUCGGUACUGCCCACAGAGCUCAUGCUUCCACUGAGGGUGUCGCUAAGUACUUGAAACCCUCUGUUGCUGGCUUCUUGAUGCAAAAGGAGCUCGACUAUCUAGUGGGAGCUGUGGCAAACCCCAAGAAACCUUUUGCUGCUAUUGUUGGUGGUUCCAAGGUAUCAACAAAGAUUGGUGUGAUCGAGUCACUGUUAGCUAAGGUGGACUAUCUUCUACUCGGAGGAGGAAUGAUAUUUACUUUUUAUAAAGCUCAAGGACACAAAGUUGGAUCAUCUCUUGUGGAGGAAGACAAGCUCGAACUUGCUAAUACCCUCAUAGAGAAGGCAAAAGCUAAAGGAGUAUCUUUGCUACUCCCUACUGACGUUGUAAUCGCUAAUAAGUUCGCUGCCGAUGCUGAUAGCGAGGUUGUACCAGCCUCUGCUAUCCCUGACGGUUGGAUGGGGUUGGACAUUGGACCCGAUUCCAUCAGGACUUUCAACGAAGCUUUGGAUAAAACCCAAACCAUUAUAUGGAACGGACCCAUGGGUGUAUUUGAAUUCGACAAAUUUGCUGUAGGAACCGAGGCCAUAGCUAGAAAGUUGGCGGAGCUUAGUGGAAAGGGUGUGACGACAAUCAUAGGAGGAGGCGACUCAGUUGCUGCGGUGGAGAAGGUUGGUCUUGCCGACAAGAUGAGCCACAUUUCUACGGGAGGUGGGGCCAGUUUGGAGCUUUUGGAAGGAAAACCACUCCCUGGUGUUUUGGCUCUUGAUGAUGCUUAAGCAUAUCAGUUUUCUUCUAGUUUUGCUUCCUCAUCUGUACCCAAAUUUAAUGAUCACGGCUUCGUAGGGGGCCUGUCUUAAUAUUAGUGCAGGUUUCAGUUAAUAAUAAUGUGAUUUUUGAGCAUGUAGAGUGACUGUGGAUCAAGUGAUCUCUUGUUCAUGGAACCCAAAUGUUACUCCCUUUUGAUUAUACGAAAUUAUCACGCUUUUCAUUUUAAUUCAUUAAAAUUUUGUAAUAUUUUUAUUUUGGGUAUUGUUUUAUUACUUUGAUCCGAUUUGUGAUUUUUUGGUUUUUCAAAAACAAAUACUUCUAUAUCUUUGAAACGAAAACUAAUUAUUAAUUAA